CCAGAGUGGGGCGAAAAAGAGGGAGGGAGAGAGGGAGAGUGGCGUCAAAUCUCUGCGGUGCAGAGCUGGAAAAAGCUGCUGCUCAGUGAAAAUCAGACGCCAUUUAUAAUCGGCUCACCUGGUUUUCUUUUUUCCUGGAGAAAAAAGGAGGACUUAACCACCAACAAGUUGCAACGAGGACUGGUGCCCGUCUCUGCGAGCAUACUUGGUAUUUCCUUGCCCUUCUUCUCUUCGUUUUUUCAAAGUUGUUGCGAAUGCGCUUCUACUGAAGGGGGACUCCUCUUGCACCAAGGCCGCUUGCUUUCCGUCUACCUCCGGCCUGGUUGUCACUGCCACAGCAAAAGUCUACAUGAUGCAAAGAGUGAGCAGAGAGCUCUAGUCUGAAAGUUUUUCUUUUCCCCCCCUCCUGCACUUUUUCUUUCGUUUGUUUGUUUUCGUUUGCUCCAAGUGUUUCAUGCUACAGCAAGUCAGUGCGCGGCGCUGGAUGAACCAAAAGAGCGAUUGCAUGAAACAAGAAAGGCGAGAAGAGACGCUGCUUCCCAAGUCCGUUUUGGGGACGCUUGCAAGCUCCUUCGCGUACCUGCAAAAGAGUCGCGACGGCAGCAUGAGCGCAGAGCUGAGCAUGGGCCCGGAGCUACCCAGCAGCCCUCUGGCUCUGGAAUACGUCAACGAUUUCGACCUGAUGAAGUUUGACGUCAAGAAGGAGGGUUUGGCCGGCCUGGAACGAGCAGGAGUGCGUCAGUGCAACCGCCUCCAACCGCAAGGCUCCGUGUCGUCCACGCCGAUCAGCACGCCCUGCAGCUCGGUGCCGUCGUCGCCCAGCUUCAGCCCCACCGAGCAAAAGAACCACCUGGAGGAAUUGUACUGGCUGCCCAGCGGCGGCUACCACCAGCAGAUGGACCCCCAGACCCUCAGCCUGACCCCCGAGGACGCGGUUGAGGCCCUGAUCGGAGCCACGACCCACGGCCACCCUCCGCCUCCCCACGUUCAGCAGCAGCUGCAGCAGCAGCAACAACAGCAGCAGCAGCAGCAGCAGCAGCAAGGCGCCUUUGAGGGCUUCAGGGGUCCGCAUCACCACCAUGGCCACCACGGCCAGCAGCAGCAGCACCACCACCACCAUCCGUACGCGGGCGCCAUGGGCCACCACGCAGAGGAGCUGUCAGCGCACGCGGCCGCGCACAGCCACCCGCACGGCCAGCACCACCAUCACGGCGGCGGCAACCAGGACCCCGAGAGCCCGUCCCCGGUGUCCCCGGAGGCCCACCCGACGCUCCACCACCACCACCGCCAUCACCACCACCACCACGCGCACCCGCACGCGCACUCCCACCUGGGCCCGUCGGCGGCGCACCACGGCUCGGCGGGCGGCGGCCUCAGCGUAGAGGAGCGUUUCUCCGACGACCAGCUGGUGUCCAUGUCGGUGCGGGAGCUCAACAGACACCUGCGCGGCUUCACCAAGGACGAGGUCAUCCGCCUCAAGCAGAAGCGCAGGACCCUGAAGAACCGCGGUUACGCGCAGUCGUGCAGGUUCAAGCGCGUGCAGCAGAAGCACGUGCUGGAAAACGAGAAGACACAGCUGAUGAACCAGGUGGAGCAGCUCAAGGCGGAGAUCGGACGCCUGGCCAGGGAGAGGGACGCCUACAAACUCAAGUGCGAGAAACUUGCGGGCUCGGGCUCGGUCUCUGGCUCGGGGCCUAGCGGCGGCUUCCGCGAGGCGGGCUCCACCAGUGACAACCCCUCCUCGCCAGAGUUCUUCAUGUGAGUCCUUUUUUUUUUUUUUUUUUUUUUUAAAUUUCGUCUUUGCCUCCCUGACGACAACAAAAACCAAGAGACAACAUCCACCUCGAACAUAAAUCGACUGAUCCAAACCCAGAAGAAAUCCUUUCGGACUCCGGGUCGCAAGAUCUCCAAGCAACUACUGCUUCAUAUCAUAAUGAUGUAAUCACGUUUCCAUCCAAGUGUCGUGGCAGCAUUUUUGUCCACUCAAAUUCCUCCAUGAGAACAGUUUUGAAAUUCCCUCCCCCAAGAAAAAAAAACGACAAAAAAAAUAACAACAGCAAAAACAUAAAACAUCGCCGCUGAUGAACUUUGGCUCUCCUUGGAGGCAAGACAACUUUUACAACCUUAUCUUGCUGUUAAAUGGUGGAACAGCAAAGGAGGCCUAGCCUCUGGACUCCUCUCCAAAAAGAAAACAAACACAAAAUAAAGAAAAAAAAGAAGAAGCAAGACUCCACCUUAUGCAAAUGUGUCUGCUAACCCGUCACGGGGGAGGACAUUUUAUGCAACAUCUUAUUGAUUUAUUGCCUGCUUGGUUAUUAUAUUCCAGUAUAGAAACGAACAACGACAACAACAAAAAAUAAACCUUGCAUUAAAUAUUAAUCCUGCAUGCUGGACAUGUAUGGUAAUAAUUUCUAUUUUGUACUUUCAUCAUCUCGUAUAUAUUAUUAAGAGCAUGUUGAUCUGCGCUUCUGCAAUUUUUUUUUUUUUUUUUUUUUGGGCAGGGGGUUCGGGAAAUGCAUCGGGGACACAACAGCAGGACUGCCUGUGCAGCAUCAUAUGCGUCAUAUGCUCGCGGCUGGGAGGGUGGUGGUGGGGUAGGGUGGGGUGGGUAUUUGAACUUGUAAAUAUUAUGCUACCGCAAAAGUGCACAAGAUUGAGGAGGCUGGUUUUCACUUCUUUCUUUCUUUGUGUUGUGUUUCUCAUUUAUUUUGCUGUUCAAAUAUCGUUUCUCAUUUGCGGGACUGAUUGAGAGAGGAGUGCAUUUUUGUUUCCAUGUUUGUCAGUUGAAUUUGGAGAAAGGAAGAGGGAAAAAAAAGGCGUUUUGGCAAGUGCACUUUUGGAAGUUGAUUGAUGAGUUUCUUUAUCUUUUUGCGAGUUUUCAUUUUGACUUUUGCACAGAACCCCCCUUCUCCAGGAAGGCAGUAUGAUGCUUUAUUUUUAGGACGCAGAUUUAAAAAAUUCAAAAUUUUCUCAUGAACAAACACACUCAGGGUGAAAAUUUAAACAGUCAAAUAAUAUUUCAAAAUGUCCACGAUGUUUGUGCCCUCUCCUCCCAAAAUGCGAACGUGUGAUUUGGGUCAUUAUGAACUUUAAUCAAAUAAAUAUUCAUUUCGACUGACAGCCACCUGCAGCAUCAUCACCGCGUCAGUAAUUGAAAAUGAUUUUUUUAAUUGCUGCAUAAAUCUCUCGUUAGAUGUUUUGAUGCAAAGUUUAAAAAUUAGUGCUGUUUUCCUGAUAUAUUUUUUUCUGCAGGUCAGUGAAAAAAAGGGGAUUUCAGGUGGUGCAAACCCUCAAAAUGAAAACACUUGAUAUGUUACUACGUGUUGAUUUUACUCUGUUUUUUUAUUAUUAUUUGAUGAUUCUGGUUCUGCUGGCCAGAUGCAUAGUUACGUAAAGUUUUUUAUUUUAAUGAUUUAAAUUAACAGAUCAUAUCAAAUAAGCAUGGUGCUUGCAUUUGAAAGUAUUGUUGAAAAGUCAUGCAUUUAUCAAUCUUUGGUUUUGUUGAUUCAACUGUGUUGAAAUCGAACUGAAACUGCAGCAGCGGGUUGUUGUUUUGUUUUCAGCAUUUCCGUGUACUUUGUCAUGAUGGGGAUCAAUUUUCAAUCCUGUUUAUAUGAAUAAUAGUUAAAAAGUUCCCAUUUGAACUGUUCCAUUCAGGCUGGUUUCUGUUUUUGUCUUAUUUUUGGGGUUGUUUUCGGAAGAAAUUGUUUCCUAUUUUGCUUAUUAAAGUCAUUGAAAUGGCAA